UUCACCAUGGAGGACACACCAGCCCUGCAAGUCCUUCUAGAAAAGGAUCUAGAUCACGUGCUGUCGUCGGUUAGCUGUUAAGACGAGACAUUAAGAUUUACCUAAAUGGAAACAUCAGUAGUCCUGUAAACUGUCAGGCUGAACAACCAUGGUCUCGAAUUUGUCGACAGAUUGAAAACCAAGCACCUGCUGUCAAACAUUGUCAUAAACAAUAACAAAACGCGAUGCUUAAUUAGUACAAGUGUGUGUGAAGGAAGUGUAAGGAUGUAUUCGCUAGAGAUGAUGUGUUGAUGACGAGACACCAGAUAUAAAUUAACGAUGAUUAACUUUGGAUUGUCAACUGUAAGUGUAUUGUACCUUAUCAAUCUGCUGGGUUCGUGUGUCAGGUCCCAGUCAACAGACAUCUGUAAGAGUGAGGAAUACAACAAGGACCACGGCACUAUCACCAGUCCUGACUAUCCAUCCCCAUACCCCACCAACCUCUGUAAGGACUGGUUCAUCACUGGAAACACCAAUGAUGUCAUCACCAUCAGUUUUAAAGCAUUUGAUGUUGAGACUGGUAUUCUGGGAUCCUGUGACCGUGACUUCCUGGAGAUUGGUCCUGACCCAAAGAUCAAAGUAUGUGGUGAAAUAAGCAACAUCCCCAGGGUUUACAUUUCCAAGACAAAACAUGUCAGAAUUCAUUUCAACUCGGACUACAUGACAACAGGGGCUGGCUUUGAACUGAUGUACAUCAUGGGUCCAUUAAUAACGAGGAAAUGCACACAAGACAGGUUCCGCUGUCGCAGUGGAAAGUGUAUAUACAAAGAAUGGAAGUGUAACGGUCUUACCGAGUGUGAGGAUAACAGUGAUGAAACUAACUGUCCUCAUGAAGCCACAUCAACCAUUCCCCCAAUGGCAACCACACAUACAUGUACCAACAGCAGUCUGCUAUGUCAGGACAUGGAGACGGGUAGGAACAGAUGCAUUCCAAAAGCGCAGUGGUGCGAUGGGGUAAAGGAUUGUCUUUAUGGAGAGGAUGAAGAUAGCAAACUGUGUCCUUCUUUCAAGUGUAACAGUCACAUAGACAGUGAGACAGGGUUUGUGGUAUCCCCAAACUUUCCCCAUGACUACCCUAACAAUCUCAGUUGUAUCUGGACAAUACAUGUUCAGGACACAUCAGCGCAAGUACAAUUGCGGUUUGUUAAUUUUGAACUCCAAAGUGAGGCUGGGACUGAUUUCCUGACAGUGUAUGAUGGGACACACCUUAAAGGCAAGGUCAUCGGUGUAUAUUACGGAGGAUUGGCUGAUGUUCCUACAUUGUUGGAGUCCACCACUAAUUAUGUUACCCUCAAGUUCCAAACAAAUAAUGUCCGGGCAGAAAGUGGUUUUAACAUUACAUUCCAGAAGAAAGGUGUGUGCCUUCCAGACCAGUCUUCUUGUGGGGCAUUAGAGAAAGACUGUUAUCCUAUAGAUAAAAGAUGUGACGGGGUGUGGAACUGUCACAUUCAUGGAGGUGAUGAGAAGGGAUGUGGUGCUUGUGACAAGGAUCACUUUCGUUGUGGUCUAAAAGGCAGUCACCAGUGUUACGAGGAGAAGCAGAGGUGUAACGGUAUCUCCCGCUGUGCAGAGCUUGAUGAUGAACUUAACUGUAAUCCUGUUUUAUGUGGCUCCCACAAUGGAACUUUUCUGUGUGAUAAUAAGCGAUGUAUAUAUGAGACAUGGAAAUGUGAUAAAACCAACGACUGUGGGGAUAACAGUGAUGAAAUAGAUUGUCCAAGAAGUACAAACCUGAUAACCAUUGCUGCAGUGGCUGGCUCUUUAAUUUGUGCUCUGCUGUUGGUCGUGGCCAUGGGCUGUACAUGUAAACUUUACAAUCUCCGAAUGCAGCAGUUCCACGGACCACGACAUGAGACACCACUUACACGAAUGUACACAGAGUUUAUGAGGAGAAGGGCGCCUCCACCUUAUCAUGAGGCCAUGCUCACAUCACGGCCUUAUGAUGAGGUGCGACAGGAGCUUGCUGAACAAAGCAACCAAAGUGAAACCUCAGGAUCUCAUUCACGUCGUCAUCGUCGACGAACAGCUCGCUUAGCCCGCCAACAGCAGAUGGCAUCAUACAACACUACAGGUCAGUCUGGUGAACAAAAUGAUAGCUGUCCAACUGAUACAACAAACAAUCAGCAGAUAGGAGGAAACGCACGCACAGGUGAAAGUUCACAGACUAUAAAUAGUUCAAAUUUGACAUGGAACACAGAUUCACAUUCAUCAACACUGGCACUUAUACCCGACAACAGUAGUGAUACUACAGAAGGACCUGACGAAUCGGGAGAUGACAGCGAUCAGCAAGACGGUGAACAUGUCAGUUUCUCAAACAAUAUUGGCAUAACAGCAAGAUGGCAGCGUCCAAGGAAUUCUGGGAAAGAAAAUAAUAGUAGCGAGUGUCAAAAUCUCCUACAGACAGAUCCUCCAGACUCCCCGCUCUCCACUGGCAGGGGAAGCGGUGAUGUAACUACAACAUCAUGUGACAGUGUUGAUCCGUCUUCUGUCAUCACCGGAAACACUCGUGAUAGCGAUAAUGAAUCUGAUAAAUCCUGUGAUACUGAUCUGUUGGGUGCUUCGUCCGCAUUGCUCUGUCAGGGUGAAAGUCUCAUAUCCUUUACUGAUCCAGAUGUGGACAGACCUCAACACGAGACGAGCGAAUCCUCCAGCGACACUGAUGUUAUAACCAUUGGUGAAAGUUCAUCUCAUUCAGAGUUAUUUUGAUUAUGUUUGGUUGGAGGUAGGUUGAACCAUCCUACCUCGAUAUAUGUACAGUGUUGUAUACAUUGUCCUUCACUAUCGAACAUACCAAUUAGUACAUACAUGUAAUUAUAAGAUGAUUUUGCAUAAUCUAUUACCUAAAUGUGAUUUUUUAGGUCAUUUGAGUGAGACAUAAUUCUCAACUUAAUUGACUGACUAUAAUCACCUUUUGUCCGUCGUCAUGCAUCAUCUUAACAUUUUGACUUUUUCUUUCUCAUCUAAAAUUGUGAAUUAUAUGGUCCCCAUCGCUCUGAUGUCUGAGGGGUGGGGCUAAAAGUGGUUGUAUUGACUGAAAUUAACAUAAUUAAUGGGUCUUAUGUUUCCCCCUAGGUAGGGGGUAAACUUUACAAUAGUAUAGGGAUAUCACAUUUUGACCAUGAUUGGUUGAUUGAAUUUAAUGAAAUUUAAAAAAAAUGUCUUCUCAAAACCUCGUAAUGGUAGAAUCAAAUACUUUUCAUAGAUGGAAGCUCCGCUAAGGGUCUAAUGGUGCUUUACCAAAAUAGCAAAUUUCAUGCCCCUUGGUUUUUCUCUUGGGAAAGGGUUGACAUUUAUUUACUAUGGUUUAUAUUGGGAAAUGAUACUUCAGAUACAUUUUGUUAAUUUCAACUUGGAAUGAUUCCAGCUUGUUUUAAGAUAUGACCCUUAAUUGACAAUAUGGUACAUAGAACAUUUGGACUAGCCCUACCACAGGGACUCAAGAGCAGGGCCCAAAGUAAUCUUAUUGGAUUUUAUUUAAUCAGUAACUAAAGGUUCUUUUUGUUGUUUGAAGGGUCUAGAUAUCCCCUGGCUACAUAUUAGGGUCUAGACACCAUUCCCUGUCUACAUAUUAGGGUCUAGACACCAUUCCCUGUCUACAUAUUAGAUGUCUAGACAUCAUUCCCUGUCUACAUAUUAGGGUCAAGACACCAUUCCCUGUCUACAUAUUAGAUGUCUAGACACCAUUCCCUGUCUACAUAUUAGAUGUCUAGACAUCAUCCCCUGUCUACAUAUUAGGGUCUAGACACCAUUCCCUGUCUACAUAUUAGGGUCUAGACACCAUCCCCUGUCUACAUAUUAGAGUCUAGACACCAUCCCCUGUCUACAUAUUAGGGUCUAGACACCAUUCCCUGUCUACAUAUAAGGGUCCAGACAUCAUUCCCUGGCUAUAUAUUAGGGUCUAGACAUAUUCCCCUGGCCUCACAAUUUUAAAAUGAUCAUUAUAAGAUCCAAUUAUGCCGGAAUACUCUCUCUAAAUUAAAGGGUUCAAAGGUUGUUUAUCAGAGUUUCUCUACUCCUGUACGUAAUAGAAUAUAAUAUAAUGGAAUUGUAUAAGCUAGAAAAUGUGGUAGGUUGUUAUGAAUAUUUUACUGUAACCAACUCCAGGGGCUCGGGUUCAAGUAGUCAGGUGUACAUGUACUUAAUUUUUUUACAAUAUCCUUAUUUGGGCCCAGAAUCAAAUGCUCUUGGGUCUUGAAUCUGUAUGCUAGAUAUGGAUUGAGGUAGUUUUAUUGUUUUUGGUCACCUUGCAUAAUAUUUUUGCUUAUAUUUGAAUAACAGAAAUUAGCUUCAUGGAUGUGUAUAAAUAAAUCAGAACUCAGGUGACUGUUGAGGCCCUUGGGCCUCUUGUUUCCAAAAAGUGAUAUUUUCCUAGUAAAAUUAUAUAUAUUGUUGAUAUUGUUGGCAUUUAAUUGCCUUAUAUGUAUAAUGCAACACUCUUGAUUUUCAUCAGUUGUUAAAAAAAGUCAAGAUAAAAUGUAAUCCAGCUUUGUCACUAUUUGUUGAAAAGUCAACAAAAGGAUAUAGCCUAGUUACCUCAUCAAAUUCUUCCAACUUUCUGAGAGUGGAUACAUCUGCCUCAUUUUGCCCAGUUUAGCAAACAGAAGUGUAUAUUUAUCACGUAAUUCAACUCUAUUUUAUGCGUUAAUUUAUCAAAGAAAUAUUUUGUCGUCCCAGAAAUGAGUAAUCUUGUAUAUAUAUCAUACACAUGUUCUGUUUGUUGCUUCAUUUUGUAGUUUUACGACCAUUUAGUUGACACAAAAAAAAAUUUUUCUGCGUACCUGUUCAUUUUUGAGAUGUUAGGAGUCACUGAUGCAUACAAUUGUGACUACCUACCGUUACAUUCAUAUUCAAGGUGUAAUUUCAACCAUUAAACUAUAAGAAGUAAUACCCAGAACAAUGUUAGUUUACAUGUAGGAGAAUGACUGAGUAGUAGGGUACAAACAUCUAUACUUCAAAUUGCUAAACGAAGAUGAAAUGAUCUUAACAAAUCAAUUUGUAUUGGAAUAAUUAAUGCCUUCACUGGUGGAAUGUACUGCAAAAUGGAACAUGCCAUUGAUAGAGCUUCAAUUCCAACACUGUGGUUGAACAGAUCUGAAAUCAUUUCUUAUUAGGUUUAUAUAUACAUGUCCCCUAGCGUUAAUCUUACUUUAGUAGAGGUUUAUAAAAAUAGAAAUGAAACAACAGACUCCUUUUACAUUUUUCACAAGAAAUGGAAACUCCUAGAUCUGGAACUUAAAAUGUGGGAAAUCAUUCCAAGACACGAGUACCUGCAUGGAUAGUGAUCAUGAGUGUCCUGGAUUAGUUGAGCUGGACUUACUAGGACUAAGUAUAGAUAGGAAAAACAAUAUACAGAAUAGUAUCUAGUGUUCAUAUUGCACCCUAGUUUAUAAAACUAAAAGCAUUGAACAGUAUAUGUAUGGUACUAGAGUUACAAAAAUAAAAAUCUAUAGAAAAUAAUCAAUUAUGAAUCUUCACUUCAGAAAUAGCCUGUCAUAUUCAUUGAAAAUAUAGAGUGUCAUUGCAUUCUCAAUCUUUUAAUCAUCUUUCUAGAAUGAUUUUUUAUAGUGUUUAGGCCCAAGUAACCAUGCUAUGGAACCCUGUACAGUCCUACAGAGUUUAGCCCAAGUAACCAUGGAACCCUGUACAGUCAUAUGCCCGGGUAACCAUGGAACCCUAUACAUGUAGUCCUACAGAGUUUAGCCCAAGUAACCAUGGAACCCUGUACAGUCCUACAGAGUUAAACAUAAAGUCCAGUUGUAUAUAUACAUAUUAUAUAUAUUGCUGAAAAUAUUGAGUUCUUUAUUUUGUGUCAAAUACGUUGACACACUAAACCAUUAUAUGCAUUUAAAUUGUAAAUCUAUUCCAGAUUUGAAUGAUUUUUUUCCCUUUUUUUUUUUCAAUAGAAUUUUUAUAGACCUAUUCCAGAUUAAAUUGUACAUUUCCAUUGAUUAGAAAUACAUGUGUCACAGCUGCAUUUGUUUUUGCUUUUGUACAAUUAAUUAUAUUUAUUUAAAGAGAAAUGCUGUUAUUAUUGAACUAUCUGUGAUUCUUUGUUUUGUGUAGGAUGGUACUUGUGCUAUUAAUUUGUGAAUCAUGUUUAUAUUAUUUUGAAACAAUGAUAUGUGUAAUACACGGUAUGUUUGAUACAUAUGUGAUGUGUUCCAUAUGAAUUUGUGAUUGCUUGAAUACAGUAAAGAUUCUUCAGUACAUAGUUUAUCGACAUAAUUAACAUUAAUUGGUAAAAUUGUAUAUCAAAUUAGUGCAGAGAGAUAGCAAGGUGCUAAAAUUGAUGUUUUGUGGUAUUUUACAUACAUGUAUGUACACUGGAAACCAGAGUUGCUAGAAUGUUUGUGUCACUUUAUAUAUUGGCACUAAACAGCUGUAUAGAGAUGUAUUUGGUCAUGAUAAAUAUUCCAGACAUGGUUCAAAGCUUUUUUAUCUACAUGUACAUUGGUCCUGAAUUGUCAAUUGGCUGUUACAAUGUAGCUACAUUGUAUAGGAAAGCAUUGUAAUUACACAAAAAAUAUAUUGAAUCUCAAAUUUUAUCUGUAAAAGCACAUAUGUUUAUGAUUGAAAAUUAAUUCAAUCUAUAUAUGAUAUAGAUAGCAAGUUUUAUAUAGGCAUACAAUUAUACAACAGGUGUACAGUAAUCACACCUGUCUCACACCAGUGCCAUCUUGUAUGAAAUAAUUGUCAGAUUUCCACCAAAUUAAGUUUGUUUCAUUUAUAUUGUGUUUUUUUUUGUAUUGAUAAACAUACCCUGAUUUCUUUUGUAUGCAUUGUUUCAUGUGUUAUUGGUUGUUUUAAAUAAUAUUUAAUCAGAAAUAUUUUUAUGCACAGAAGUCCAUUUGCCAAAGUGUAUCAAUUCUAAUCAUGAGAUAUUCUUACAGAUGCCAUAUUAUUCACACCAUAAGAGCAAAUAAUUUUCUCAAUGUUCCAGUAACAACCUUUUUUGUUGUGGUCAUCAAAAUAUGAUGUCCAUAAAUAUGGACACUGCUUGAUUCUGUGUCCCAUAUGUUUCCCAAAUGUGUGGGCCAUACACGAUUCCAAUAAAUGUGGGCCCUGACUGAUUCCCUUCAUUUUUGUGAACAAUUUUUUCAGUUGAAAAGUAUCCCCACAACCACUGCAUACUGUAUCAUUUCAUGGUUGUAGAGCAGAGUACUGUUUUUAUCUUCAAAUAAGCCCAGAGCCUGUUCACAAAUAAACACUUUCUUAAAUUUUAUGAAACCUUCAGUUUCAAAAUAGUAACCAAAAUGUUAUUUACAAAUAAGGCCUCCCCAAAUUCCAGAACCAUGAUUUUGCACUAAGUGAGAGGGUUUAUCUGAUAAUAAAUACAGUAUGUAUACCUAUACUGAGUGUCUCCAGCUCAUUAACCUACAAUGUAAUUAGUGGACCUAAAUCAAUUUACUGAUUGAUACACUGAUUUUAAUGCAAAAUGAUCGGGGUAUUGAUAACAAAAAUGACAUUACAUGUUAACUUUGUAUUUUGCAGAACAUUUUUCGUGUACCUUACUCUCCCCAAUAUGAAAUCCUUGAUUGAAGGCAUUCUGUAUAUACUUAAACCAUGUUAAACCCAACAGAGUUAAAUACACUGUACCAACAUUAUAUAGAGUGAUCAUCAUGUUUUGUCUUGUGUACAUCUAAACUAUGUGGAAUCUCUUGUGAUAUAAAACAGGUUUGUUCUGUUGAAGAUGUUUUGAUUGAUAAAUUAUCAAAAAAAUGAUUACCCCCCCCCCCCCCCCCCC